AUCAAGUAUUAAUAUUUUUAAUAUUAAACAUUUGAUCAAAUGUCUGAAGAAUAAGAAAUUGAUUGGGGAGUAGGUGCUUAAGCAUUAUAUUACAUGGUAAGAGCAACAAAAGAUUGUAGUAAAAGAUGUGGAACAUUAAAAGUGAAUCGUGAUUUUAAUGAGUCUGAAGCAGAAUGUUUAAGUAAUCAUAUUAAAAAUAAUCAUUUCAAUAGAAAAAUGUGCUGUUUACCAUGCCGGAGCAUCAAGUACUCAUAUGAGAUUUUUAAUCAACUAUGCUGAGACUGUGCAUCUGCAGUGAAGAAUUUUCAUAUAAUAAUCAUAUAAAAAUAACAUAAUCAUAAG